AUGGCUCUUCGCUGUACUUUUCAACAAAGUUUAAUUCAUUUACGGAAUAAUAAGGCACAAUGUAUUCGUUCAUUGGCAACGAAUACACCACAAAAACAAGGAACAACAGGUGCUCAACAACAACAACAACAACAGCAACAACAACAACGAACAGCUCCUGCUAGUAGUACAACUUCAUCAAAUAAAACAAAAUCUAUCAAAGGCGCUGGUCGUGAUGCUGUCUUAAUUGAUGGUGUUCGAACACCAUUUUUACAAAGUUUUACUUCUUAUAAAGAUUUAAUGGGUUACCAUUUAGCUCGACAUGCUCUUCUUGGUCUUAUGAAACGAACAAAUGUUGAUAAAUCUGUACCAGAAUAUUGUAUUAUGGGUACAGUAAUUCAAGAACUUAAUACAUCAAAUAUUGCUCGAGAAGCUUUACUUAGUGCUGGAUUUCCGGAUAAUAUUCCUGCACAUACAGUUACAAUGGCAUGUAUAUCAUCGAAUGCUGCUAUUACUUCAGCUGUAAAUAAUAUUGCUAAUGGUAUAAAUGAUGUUGUUAUUGCUGGUGGUGUUGAUUUUAUGUCUGAUGUUCCAAUACGUUAUCCACGUCCAAUGAGAAAAUUAAUGUUGAGUUUAAAUCGAGCAAAAUCAGGACCACAACGUCUUGGAAUAAUAACUAAAAUGUUAUCAUUUAAAAACUUCACACCUGAACCACCAAGUAUUUCUGAAUUUUCAACUGGCGAAGUCAUGGGUCAAUCAGCUGAUCGUUUAGCUGCUGCGUUUAAUGUAUCACGUCGUGAUCAAGAUGAAUAUGCUCAACGUUCACAUAAAUUAGCUCAUGAAGCAACAGAAAAAGGAUAUCUCGAUGAUGUAGUACCCAUUCAUAUUCCAGGUGCACAGGAUAUUGUUUCUCGUGAUAAUGGUGUUCGUGUGUCAACUAUGGAACAAUUGAGUAAAUUAAAACCAGCUUUUAUUAAACCACAUGGAAGUGUCACUGCAGCAAAUUCAUCUUAUCUUACUGAUGGUGCAUCUGCAUCAUUAAUUACAUCGGUUGAUAAAGCUAAAGAACUUGGAUUAAAACCUAAAGCUUAUCUUCGACGAUAUGUAUUCACAUCUCAAGAUCCAAAGGAUCAACUUUUACUUGGACCUACAUAUGCAACUGCUAAAUUACUUGAUCAAUGUGGUUUAACAUUAAAUGAUAUUGAUGUAUUUGAAUUUCAUGAAGCUUUUGCAGGUCAAAUUUUAGCAAAUUUAAAUGCACUUAAUUCGGAUUACUUUUCUAAAAAAUAUCUUAAUCGUUCAUCAAAAGUCGGUGAAAUUCCUCUUGAUAAAUUCAAUCUUUGGGGAGGAUCAUUAAGUAUUGGUCAUCCAUUUGGUGCAACCGGCGUUCGACUUGUCACUACUGCUGCUAAUCGAUUGAUUAAAGAAAAUAAACGUUUAGCUUUAAUAGCUGCUUGUGCUGCUGGUGGUCAAGGUCAUGCAAUGUUAGUUGAACGUUAUCAAUAA